GAAAAACCAUGACCAAACAAACAAACAGAAAAAACCCUAGACACCAUAUUUCAAGAAACCAUAAACGAAAACUACCCAGAACUAUUGGGAACAGAGGGGAAAGUAAACAUAGAAAGACUGCACAGAUCAGAAAGCAAAUCGAGCACAGUCAGAAGUGUCAUAACUAAAAUCCAUAGCUACCAGGUCAGAGCAUUGUGUUGGAGUCUGCACAGAUAAAGCCCAGUCAAUACCAGGAUGAAACAAAGGUCUGCAAGCACUAAGUAAAAACAGGGUCCCUCACUCAAUUCGAACACAUUGCUUAUUUUACAUACACUUGGAUCAAGAAAUAUGAAUGAGGAGGUUCCUUCAGUGAGUGGCAGCAGCUGCUUCAGGUAUGGGCAAGAUGGCACUGUUCAUGCUGCUAUACUCAGUGCUUCAGCUCUUCUGAUGGCUGGCCCUACCACUCUGGUGCUAGGAUUACUUCUCUGGUGCCACUCUCCUGCUGGUGAGGAAAUUGCCACUACUUUGCCUCAGCUCCCCAUGGAGAGGGAAGCCAGGAACCUUUAUGUCUUUUGGGAGGUUGAGAUCUUAUUGUUCCUCAGUGCCAUUGUCAUGAUGAAAAACCUUAGACUGAUCACUGUGAAGCAGCACCUAGGUAGCAUCUUCAUGUUCAGUAAAAUGGCUGAUGGAAUUCUCCUUCUCUUCUGCCUGAAGACCUGCACUGGCCUUAUCUGUAUCACCUUCUGCAUAGUGUUCUUGCUUACCUGUCCCUGACCCCUCUACUGUAACCCCCAGACAGCCAGUGUUUCAAGGACAAGACAGUUGACAGAGUUGGAAUGAGAUUCACAGUUCACGUGGACUGUGGAGUUCUUUGCCAAUUGGGUUAAUGAGUGACAGUCAUUUGCACCUAUCUUUGCUGGCUUCUCCCUCAAGUACAGUUGUACAGAAAUCCGUUUUGGGAAAAUGAACAGAAGAGGCCCAGGGAGUCCCUCCUUUACUCCUCCCCAGGUUGCACAUCUUCCGGCCUCCUGGCCUUCAACACCAUGCCUCUGCUGCCAUCUCAUCCUGGAGGCUUCCUCACUCUGGGCACUCAUCUACCAUGCCAUCUCCUUUCUGGCCUUGGCUCGCUUUUCAUACAUGCGGAUGAAAUACCUUUUCUUUUCCUGGCUGGCAGUAUUUAUUGGAAGUUGGAUUAUAUAUGGCCAAUACUCUACUUAUACAGAGCUAUGCAGAGGGCAGGACUGUAAGAAAAUAAUAUGUGAUAAAUAUAAGACCGGAGUCAUUGAUGGGCCUGCAUGUAGUAGCCUUUGUGCUAAAGAAACUCUUUAUUUUGGAAAAUGCUUAUCAACUAAACCCAACAACCAGUCAGUGCUACCCAAAUGUAAGAUGCUCAGGCACGGGGUGAUCUCUCCUAAGAUGUACUUAGGAGUUUGGGGAAAUCUGCAGGGCGUUGUGAAGUGUCAGAUGGAACAAGCCCCUCACCUUGAUUUCGGGACCGAGUUGGAACCAAGAAAAGAAGUGGUUUUAUUUGAGAAGCCGACUCGGGGAACAACGGUACAGAAAUUCAAAGAAAUGGUGUACAGCCUCUUCAAAGCAAAGUUGGGUGACCAAGGAAACCUUUCGGAGUUGGUCAAUCUCAUCCUCUCAGUGGCUGAUGGAAACAAAGAUGGUCGAGUUUCCUUGCCUGAAGCCAAGUCUGCGUGGGCUCUUCUUCAGCUCAAUGAGUUCUUGCUUAUGGUCAUACUUCAGGACAAAGAGCACACGCCCAAACUGAUGGGCUUUUGUGGAGACCUCUACAUGAUGGAAAGAGUGGACUACACCUCUCUUUAUGGAAUAAGCCUUCCCUGGGUGAUUGAACUUUUCAUUCCCUCUGGUUUCAGGAGAACCAUGGAUCAGUUGUUCACACCCUCGUGGCCUAGGAAGGCUAAAAUAGCCAUAGGACUUCUAGAAUUCGUAGAAGACGUUUUUCAUGGUCCCUACGGGAAUUUCCUCAUGUGCGACACGAGUGCCAAAAACUUGGGAUAUAAUGAUAAAUAUGAUUUGAAAAUGAUGGACAUGAGAAAAAUUGUGCCAGAAAUGAAUCUCAAAGAACUAAUUAAAGAUCGACACUGUGAAUCUGACCUGGACUGUGUCUACGGUGCAGAUUGUAGAACUAGCUGUGACCAGAGCAGGAUGAAGUGCACUUCAGAAGUGAUCCAGCCCAACCUGGCCAAGGCUUGCGGCUUGCUCAAAGACUACCUGCUGCGCGGGGCGCCCUCUGAGAUCCGGGAAGAGCUGGAGAAGCAGCUCCGAUCCUGUGUCGCCCUCACAGUCACUGCGAACCAGAUGGAAAUGGAGCACUCUUUGAUAUUAAAUAACCUAAAGACAUUACUGUGGAAGAAAAUCUCUCAUACAAAUGAUUCCUAGUUAAUCUGUCAGACACAGGAAACUUGCCACUUUAAGUCAUCCUGACCAUUCAAAAUGAGCCCCUGCCCAUCAGUGUCCCUUCCAACCCCUUCCCAGAAACCCAACUUCCUAUGCCCAGUCCCCUCUGGCUAAGGCCUUAACCAAGUCUUGGUGGGGGCUAGAGUCUGUGCUCUCCAAGCCACUUUUUGGCAGAUGUGGGUCUUCUACUUGUACAGUUUACAAAGAAUUUUUACAUAAAUUCCCACUUAAUUCUAACAAUCCUGUGAGGGAUGCAGGGCAGGAUGAUUCCCAUUUCUUGGCUCAGGAAACUGAGGCUGAGUGCUGCUUGUAAGUGGCAGCCAGGACUCUUGCUCCCGGCUUCAGCUUCAGCUCCCAGGCCCUUGAUGGUACCAGAAAAAUUAGGACUCCGUGUAUUUCAUCCAGUCAGAGAUGUGAAUACAAGAACCUCUGGUCUGUUUCUCAAAGGCACCUAGUUGUUCUUCAUUCCUAAUGCUGUGAAAAUCCUCAUUUACAUGUGAACACUCAUGUUAAUGAAAAUGGUUUUUGCAAGUAAUUCUUUGUUAGUCAAGAGGCCACUGCUGGAAACAUUUGUGGCCAAAUCCAAGCUGCUGUUUUAAAAAUUAAUUUAACUUUCACAUAGUUUACUAAUAUUUCAGCAUGGCAGAAUUUGCACAUUAAUGGGAAAUUUAAAUUGCUAAGCAAAUAAAUUAUAUUCCUCUUUGGCAUAAACAGGUAGUGGGGCUUACCUUCAGUUUAUUUAUAUUCUUACCUCAUUUAUUCAGAUCUUGAAUGCUCUAUCUAGCAAAUUAUGGAUGUUUCCUCAAAUAGUUCUAUAACAGAACCUUGGAGGAACUGGAAAUUUUGUAAAAACUCAACUGACCAACUGUGUAAUUGCUGUCAUUAGUCUAUUUUUUGCAUCAGUCAUUAAAUUACAAAGCAUUAGAAAUGAAAUAUUUAAAAGGGCACAAGUUAAGACCACGUCUUAAAAUCUGGCUCUCCCACAAUAAUUCUAAAAGGCAGAAGACAUUCAGUAUUUAAUGUAAAUGUAAAUGAAUGUAAAUACAUUCACUAUUUACAGUGAGAUAUCUCCAAACCAGGUACUACAAGCAGAGUAUCCACGGGGAGUUGUCAUAUUUGAUCUGCAGUAGGAAAAAAAAAAAACAGGCCAACUGACCUGUUCAAACACUUUUAAAAGAUACCGAACCAGUUUUCUUGUUUUUGAGGUGUAGUAGACAUGAAUUAAUCAUGGAAUCUUAAUGAAAGGACCUCUAAAUUAUCAAUGAAAAAACACUAAGGUACAAAAUGUCUCCAAAUGGCAUCCCCCACGGUCGAUGGGCAUGCACGCUGAGAAAGCCUUCACCCAACAGUCUUUCCAUAUACACUCAGGACAAAGGGUUAGCAGCAAAGUGGAUUCCGAGUGCAUUUGACCUGUAUAUACUUUGUUCUGGCAUGUAAUUUCAAACCUUGCGCACAAUGACAAUCUUUUUUGAUGUCUCCAUAAAGUAGAAUGGCCUACUUUUUGGAGGAAGAGCCAAUGUUUGCUGCUGGAAAAGAUUCCAACUGGAAUUGCUUGUGUCCUCCAGCUGUGUCUAACGUACAUGGUGUAAUUGGGCAAUGGACUUUACUGAUCACGGCGUUGUCACAAUAUAUUUUUUUCAGUUACAGUUGUACAGUUUAAGGUCCUUUUCCUUUCCACUACACAUCUGGUUUCAAUAAAUGGCUGGAAGAAUA